AUGUCUGCUGAUGUCACAUUCUUUGAGGAUACACCCUUUUUCUUGUCCUCCGUGGAGGAUCGUUCAUCUGUUCAACAAAUGUUUCCUCUACCAUCAUGUGAUCCUUUGAUUAUUCCUGCUUCUGUACCUCAAACUCAAAAUGUGAAUGACACUGUUCCUCCACCUCUUCUCACAUAUCAGCGUCGGAGACAAUCUCAAACUCAGAACAACGGAGAUCAUCGAGACUCAUCUCCUCCUCCAUCAGAUCCCCAAACCAUGGAUCCUUCAUCCUCCUCGUCUUCUCUUGACUCAGAUAAUGAUUUGCCCAUUGCCCUUCGGAAAGGUAUUCGUUCUACUCGUAAUCCAUAUCCUAUUUAUAAUUUUUUGAGUUAUCAUCGUUUGUCUCCUUCCUAUUUCUCUUUUGUUUCCUCCUUAUCCUCCCUUAAGACUCCUAAUAAUAUUCAUGAGGCACUUGAUCAUCCUGGAUGGCGUCAAGCCAUGGUUGAUGAAAUGCAGGCCCUUGACCACAAUGGUACUUGGGACCUUGUCCCUCUUCCUCCUGGUAAGAAGCCUGUUGGUUGUCGAUGGGUUUAUGCUAUUAAGGUUGGUCCUACUGGGAAUGACAUCACUAGAAUUACUCAACUGAAGAAUCAUUUAUUCAACCACUUUCAGACUAAAGAUCUGGGUCGUCUAAAAUACUUUCUUGGUAUUGAAGUGGCACAGUCAAAAGAAGGUGUCAUCAUUUCACAAAGGAAAUAUGCUCUUGAUAUUUUAGAGGAAACAGGCUUGACAAAUUGCAAGCCCAUUGAUAGUCCUAUGGACUCAAAUCAAAAGUUAAUGAGAGAUCAAGGUGAACCUUUCUCAGACCCAGAGAGAUAUAGAAGGUUGGUUGGAAAACUCAUAUAUCUCACAAUAACAAGACCUGAUCUUUCUUAUCCAGUGGGGAUUAUAGGAAAUCCAGGACAGGGAUUGUUGUAUGAGGAUAAGGGAAGCACUCAGAUUGAAGGAUAUUGUGAUGCAGAUUGGGCUGGUUCUCCAAUUGAUCGAAGAUCUACUACAGGAUAUUGUGUUCUACUUGGAGGAAACCUU